AUGGCCUUCCCCAGUAUGUUGUCUUGUGUCAUUAUCCCCGUAUUCUUCUCAGCUGUCGGUGUACAAGCCCACGGUAUCGCCAGCGCGGUAGUGAUAGACAGUACUUUUUACGAUGGCUACAAUCCGAGCUAUCAGUGGAAAAGUCCACCUCCAACGGUGGUUGGCUGGUCCGUUCCAGAUGACUUGCAAAAUACUUUCAUAGCUCCUAAUCAGUUCAACACGCCGGAUAUGGUUUGCCAUCUAGGCGCCAAGCCGGCCGGCGCGGCUGCUCCGGUGAAAGGAGGUGAUAUGAUCGAGGUACAGUGGACGCCGUGGCCGGCGUCGCACAAGGGACCCGUUCUCGACUACCUGGCCAAAUGCGAUGGACCUUGCGAAACCUCGGACAAAACCAAAUUCAGGUUCUUCAAGAUUGGCGAGGCCGGCUGGGUUGAUAAGGCUAGCGACCUGUGGGCGGCUAACAUCCUCACCAACAACAACAAUAGCUGGCUGGUUAGGGUGCCCGAGGACAUCGCUCCGGGGAAUUACGUGCUUCGGCAUGAGAUCAUUGCACUCCACGCCGCGGGUAAUCCAAAUGGCGCGCAGUCAUACCCGUUCUGUUUCAAUCUAGCCAUCGACAGCAAAGGUACGGCGAGCCCUGCUGGUAUACCCGCAACCGAGUUCUACAAGGCCGAUGAUCCCGGGAUCAAGUUCGAUCUGUUUUCGCAUCCGACGGCCUACGUGAUCCCUGGUCCUGCCCUGUACAGCGGAGCACUUCCUAUUAGUCAGACGAAACCGAGCCCGAUCACGGCCACGGCCACUGGCGUCUAUGGUUACACGGUAGCGGCGAGGGUGAAAGCAAUAGCGGCCGCAACCGUGGCCCCUGCAGCUGUGCCGACCACCUAG